GUACCGACGGAGGGAGGGAGAGAGAAAGAGUGACAGAAAGCAAACCGCAGGCAGGCAGUACAGACGCAACAGAAGGAAGAUCUGCAGGCCUUUGACCACCGCAGAUCACAAAAGAGCCUUUAAAGGGCAAGAAGGCAGGACCGUUCCUGACCUGAAAACUGACUGAGCCUACAGCAGGCUACCCUUCAAGUUUAUUUGUGGGAAAGCGGUGCUCUUAGAGCAACGCUUUAAUUCACAUAACCGGGAAGACGGAAGUCGUCAGGCUGGAGUGCGUCCUGAUGGCUGAGUCAGAGACUGACUGUGACACACCAGGUCUCGAUACGUUGGGAUCUGAGUGUGUCAUAGCCCAUACGCAAGUCGGUGACUUGCAUUAUGGGGCAGAGACAGAGAUUAUGACUCAAGAGGACAAAAGACUUGACCUGGAGGCCAUUCAUGGUGAUUUAGGAGCAGUGACCUGUGUGGAUGUGGUUACAGAGACGGACCAUGACUACAUUAAAUCAGAAAUACACCACGAUCAUCACCAGUACUUCAGCAGUGCAGAAAUAAAAGGCAAUGAGCAUUUGCUUGGUGAGGUGCUGUUGAAGACGGAGAUAGGUGGUGGAGAUCAUAUCGUAAAGGUGGAGUCUGACCAUGGAGGGGAGCUAACAGUGGAGUCCGAGAAUGGUGUUAUCAUCCAUGAGGCUCACGGCCUGCAGUGCAGCGAGUGUGGCGAGAUAUUUGGCUGUAUGUCAGAUCUGCACGAACACUUUGAAAUUCACAAAGCCACUCACCCUUACAUUUGCGUCCACUGUGGGGAAAGCUUUGCUAUCGAAGCCAGCCUAAGAAGUCACAUGAGAAUUCACAUGAAAGAGAAGAGUUAUACCACUGGUCUUGAGAUGGUUGGCAAAGGAGUAAUUGAUGCAUUCAGUUUGAAACCGCACCAGAUGAUGCAUUCUCCUGAGAAGCCACAUAGAUGUUCAGAGUGUGGCAAAAGCUUUGCUGCUGCCAUUACUUUGCGGGAGCACAUGAAAAUGCAUUCAGAUGACAAACCCUACAAGUGCACCCAAUGCCGAAAGAGCUUUAUGCGCAGACGUCAUCUCAAAAAACACCAAGAGCUGCAUGCCCGUGACAAGCCAUUCACCUGUCUUCAGUGUGGUAAAGGCUUUACGACUGCUUCCAAUCUUAAACAGCACCAGAAGACCCAUGCUGGGGAUAAGCCACACCGAUGCACCCAGUGUGGAAAGUGUUUUGCGGCAGCUGCCACGCUGAGAGAGCACCAGAGAAUCCACUCAGGGGAGAAGCCCUACAAGUGCACCCAGUGUCGGAAGAGCUUUGUCAGGAAACGCCACCUUAAGAAGCAUCAGCUGGUUCAUCAGGGCGGAAAGCCAUACCGUUGUUCUCAGUGUGACAAGGGUUUCAACCAUUCCUCUUCCUUGUCAAGACACCACAAGGUCCACUUGGAGGCCAAGAUGUACGCCCAGGCUGAUAAAGAUUUCCCUUUUGAUACUACGCUGAAGAGGGGAAUGCAUACUGGUGAAAAGCCAUACAGCUGCAACCAUUGCGAGAAGAGCUUCAAUCACUCGUCCUCACUGUCCAGGCACCAGAGAACUCAUUCUGAUGGAAAGUCCUACACCUGUGCUCAGUGUGGGAAAAGAUUCAACCACCCCUCAUCGCUCGCAAGGCACCAACGGGUUCAUUUGGAGGAUAAGUCAACUUAUAGUGCUAUUGCAACAGGAAAGGGUUUUCCUCACACUACCAUCUUGAAACAGAGAAUCCUUCAGAGUGAGAAACCGUAUAGAUGCGCUCAGUGUGGAAAGGGAUUCAAUCAUUCGUCUUCUCUGUCUAGGCAUCACAGAAUUCAUAUUGAUCAGUAAGCUUGCUUUCCUCUCCCACAAUUGAUAUGCUACCAUUCAUCCCAUGAUUCACGCCACAUUGUAAUCUUUAGGGGUUGUGGGAAAAGAUGCAAGAAAAUCCAAAACGUCGACGUGGACCUGCUCUUAAGGAAAUUAAUUUCAAUUUGGUAUGAUUGACACUGAAAUCCCCUGUGUAAUGUGCACAUGACUAGUUAAAUAUGUCAUUCUGGAACAUGGUAUGUGAUUAAACCACAGACAAAAUGUCCUGAGAUUCCAUCACUGACUUUUGCUUAAAGCUGCAUUUGGAAGUUUAUUGAAGCCUGGCACAAUCCCGAAAUGAGUAUUAGGUCAAGUUGGUUUUGAGUGACAGACAAUUAAGCAAAUUGAUCUAGAUGCAACUAUUCACUCCCCUAGUCUGUAUCUUUUACCCAUUUCUGUGUUAUUAAUGGGUUGAGAAACUGAUAUCGUGUGUAAAUAUAUGUUGAUUUUCUUUUAUAUAGAUAUGUAUAGAUAAGUAGUGUGCUGUUCUUUUCUCAAAAUGGACCAUUCUUGAUGUAUGGUCCGAUUAGUCUUAUCGGUCUCUCGUAGGUGAAUGGUGCUUUCAGGGGAUGUCCCGCAAAAUAUAAAAUCAAAAUGAUUAUUAAUUUAAUCUCUUAUGAUGCAAAAUGAAAGAAGCUUGAGCCUAAAUGGCAAAUUGACUUGACUAACUUGCUGAAGGCUGGUAGUAAGAGCAGCACAAAGGCGAGAGGCAAGAGUCUUGAACAUCAAGUUGAGAAAAGCUGGUCCUAUUCAAUGAAGGGUCGACCCAACCAAAUCAUAAUAUAUACACUCUUCUGUUAGAAAAAAAAAUUGGUUCACUCUUUAAAGUGCCAGUUUUCGACAGACAACUGAAUUGUACAGCUGAUUUUUUCUUUUAUUAAGUCCAAACUUGGUACAGCCCACAAAAUUCUCUAAAUGUGUUCAGUGCUUCUCUCUGCUAACCUUAUGUUACCAAUGGCUGGCUGCACAUUUAUGAUUGGACCUGCCAUUGAUAAAGUCAGACAGCAAUGUAUAGCAUUUAGUUGUAUUCUGGAUACAUUUUGCAGAGUAUCAACAUUUAAUAAUGAUAAUAAUAGAUUGUGUAUACUUUAAUGCAAAUACAAAAUAUAGCUUGCUUUUUUGAAAUUGUUUGAUUCAUUUUUCCUCCCUUAAUUCCAUGAAUUUGUGCUUUCUAUUUACAGUUCUGUGUAUUGAGAGAAUCUUUUACAAACGGAUGUAUUUUUUUAAUAAGGUUUGGGGAAAUGAAAGGGAAAUGAGAGAACUGUUUUUAUGGGAGUGAACGUUGUAUCAGAACUAUUCUUUCUUUUCCAUUGGAUAACAGUUGUGCUUCACGUAGCAUAGGUUUAUUCAUUGUGUUAGUUAGGUGCCUUAUUGCAUGCCAUGUAGAAAUGUAUGCUGAGCUCUAAUAGAAAAAAAAGGUUUUGGCUCCUGGUCCCUUUUUGUUUCUUUACAUACUAAUCAUUGUUUUAAUUUGAUUUCUUUUUGCUUCUCUGUACAUGAAUGUUUACACUGUUACUUCUGUCUUUUAAUUUACUUGUUUGUCAGCAAGCCUCUCUGUAGACUAGAGGUUAAAGAAAGUUACAAUGCCAUUGAUCCGUUUGUUGAUUGCCCUCUAUAGUGGUAUAUUCUUGUUCCAUUUGUCUAUUCCCCCAUCUUUGAGUGGCUCACAUAUAUGGAUAAAUAAAGGUUGUUGACUAUCAA